CUCAGAACGCCACUUCCGGUCCUCGCUCCUUUCUCCGAGCUUCUAUCGACUGUGUGACCCGCGUGUUUACACACUCCCAGAUGAAGGAGUUUAUAAUGAACCAGGAGAAGCUCGCCAAACUGCAGGCGCAGGUCCGCAUAGGCGGCAAGGGGUCAGCGCGCAGAAAGAAGAAGGUGGUGCACAGAACAGCAACAGCAGAUGACAAGAAGCUGCAGUUCUCCCUCAAGAAACUGGGAGUCAACAACAUCUCUGGCAUUGAAGAGGUGAACAUGUUCACAAACCAGGGGACAGUGAUCCACUUCAACAACCCAAAGGUGCAGGCCUCACUGGCGGCCAACACCUUCACCAUCACAGGGCACGCUGAGAACAAGCAGCUCACAGAGAUGCUCCCAGGAAUCCUGAACCAGCUGGGAGCCGACAGCCUCACCAGCCUCAGGAGAUUAGCCGAGAACCUGCCCAGACCAGCUGGAGAGGAUAUGGCCCCCAUGGUUGCUGCUGAAGAGGAUGAGGAUGAUGAUGUUCCAGAUCUUGUUGAAAACUUUGACGAGGCUUCAAAGGACGAGGCAAACUAAAAAACACCAGCACACAUUUCUAUGCCCCUUGGGACUCACCGUACUUUGACAAAGCCACAUUUUGUAAUCAUUGAUCUGUAACUGCUCUGUGGCUACAAAGGUUAUCUGGCAUCUGUUACUUUUGUUUUUGCCUUGUUUUGCAAACAUACAUAUUAAAUAAUUUAAUUCAGUGCAAUGUGCAAACCUUUCUCUUUCACGUGCUGCCUUUCCAAGUGUUCCUGGCAAAUGUAUUGGUGGAAUCAUGUAAUAAAAAUGCCAUUUAAACAGAAA